AUGGUUGAAGCUAAUUAAAUUCCUACUAUGCAGUAUGGUUUGAGAGUCCACUCAGGAGGUACAUUUUAAAUUGAGGAGAUUGAAGUACCAAGACCUGGUCCAGGACAAGUUCUUAUUAAGGUGGAAUGUGCUCCAAUUAAUCCAAGUGAUAUCUUCUUCUUGAAAGGUAUUUACGAGGAGAGCUUCAAGGAUAGCGGAAUGAACAUUCAGUUUCCAAUUGUUCCAGGUUGGGAGGGAUCAGGUACAGUUAUCGCCUCUGGAGGUGGUCUUUUAGCAUGGAGACUUGUUGGGAAAAGAGUUGCAAUGACCAAGACUGAUGAACCUAAUCAAACAUUAUCAAUCGGAGGUUGCUAUCAACAAUACAUGAUAACCAGUGCCUUAUAAUGCUUAGCCCUUCCUGAUGACGUCUCAUUCGAGGUAGGAGCAAUGCAUUUUGUUAACCCGUUGACUGCAAUAGCUUUCGUUGAUAUUGUUAAAAAUCACAAGGCUCAAGCUGUUAUUCAAACAGGAGCAGCAUCUCAAUUAGGAAGGAUGUUCGUCAAACUAGCCUAGGAAGAAAGGAUUCCAUUGAUCAACAUUGUUAGAAGAUAGGAAUAGGCUCAAAUACUUUAAGAGCUAGGCGCUGAAUACAUCCUCAACUCAAGUGAGCCUGACUUUUUGGAGAGACUUGGUGAAUUAUCUAAAAAAUUGAAAGCGUCUCUUUGCUUUGAAGCAGUUGCUGGUGAUCUUACUGGAGAUAUUAUGUCAAAGAUGCCUUAUGGAUCAAAGUGCAUUGUAUAUGGGUGCUUAAGUGAACAACCUGUAGGCGGCAUUGAGUCUUUGGUAUUGAUUGGAAGAAAUCAAAAAUUAGAGGGAUUCCUAUUGAAUAAUUGGAUGAAAAGUAAAUCACUUUGGGGUCUUGGCAGUCUUAUCACUAAAUGCAUUAGACUCAUGAGAAACAAAACCUUCCAUUCUGAGAUAGCAAAAAGAGUAUCUCUUUUUUAAGUUGAAUCUGAAAUACCAGAGUACUAGAAAAAUAUGACAUUAGGAAAGUAUAUCAUUUACCCUCAACAAGCGAAGCCAAUUGAGAAUGAGGACACAAAACCUUAAUAAGACCAGCAGACUGUUGAACCUUAUAAUCCUUCUAAUUGA